AUGCGUUCCACCGCUCCCGGAACUACAUCUUCCUCGAGGAAGACAAACGCUUCUAUGCCGAGAAGCAUGGAGAUAGGAGGACAACCUCAUCGAAACCCAGAGAGGAAACCGUGGAGGUACGAAGAAGAUACGAUCCGAAGAGGUCACUCCUUGCAGCGUUCGCGGCAGCCGAUGAUGAGUUGGAGCAAGAGCACGCAGCAGCACUCUCGAUGCCACAGGACGCCACCCCGCUCGGAGAUGAUAACGACACCAAGGCUUUCUGCAAAUGUUCCACGGGAGAACUGGCCACGCCACUGA